GAUAGAUCAGUAGAUAAAUAUGUUUUGGAAAAACUACUGGGGUAGAUUACUUCAUUAAUCACCCUUAGCUUUUGGAACAUAUGUCGAAUUGUCAAUAAAAUCGAAAUUAUUAGUAAAUCCGAUUCUAGGACUAUGAAACGCAGAGCUCAAAGAAAAACUUCCUUUGCUUCCAGCACUAAAUUCUUUUCACUCUCCGACAAGCUUUCGUUGGGGAGAAGUCGAGCCCUACAGGUUGCAAAGCUAAAGCGUCAGGAACAAAGUACAACGUCCUUUGACUCCGGUACAGGCUACUACUCCUACACUGACGCCACUUCUUUGCGAAAGAGUCCUGUCACCUUCUCACCUAGCCCGGAGUUCUUGCAAACCACCAAGACUAAAUUAAAGUUAAUCGCCUUGUAUGAAGAUCACAAAUGCUUGUGGAAUCAGUGUAACAAAGAUUUCUUCAAUUUUGAGCUCAAGGACCGAAUAUGGGACGCGAUCGCCAAUGAAAUGAAAGCGGACUCCCCACCUGGGUUUUGGAAACAUAUGAUCCACAAGCUUCGCUAUAAAGUUGAUCUUGGGCGCAUCCAAGAGCAGGGUGAGAGGUUUUCUGGUGAAUCGCCGCAGCCCAGACUUUUUUAUUCAGAUAAACUCUUAUUUCUAAAUCACAUGUUUGACCGAGAACAGGUAAAACCCCUUGGAACAAUUCCGAUGCACUUCAUGAAUUCGGGACCUACUCUUGAAACAAGUCCAUCUAAAAACCUGCGACAUAUUCAAAAAAGCAAGAAAGCUACACCUUUUAGAGAAAAGAUGGCGUCGCUUGAGAAGCUAAGAAACCACCAAAAAAGCAAGUUGGUUCUCUCACGCGAAGCGUUUGAAAAAAUUCAAACAAUGACUAGUGAAGGCCCUUAUUUCUUAAGAACAGCAAAAAUUAGGCCAUAGGCCUUGGUUUGCUGAUAUUUAAAAUAAAACUGCAAUGCAAACAUUUUAUUACA